CCAGACACCUUCCCCUUCUAGCACACACGCACAUUUCAAGCUACAAACUAACACGGCUUCCAAAGCCCCAUUGCCCCCUGAUCAAGCGCAGGGGGGCAGAUCAACUGCCCUGUGCCUUGAAGAGGGGUAGACAAAGAGACCAGCAAAAAGAUAUGAAGACCCAGCAGAUGUUCAGAGCUGGUCAACAAUCUCUACUAUCUUUAGAUCUACUGAUCUUCUCUGUAUUGAAGUAAGCGUGGGGUCAUUGAGGGCACACAGCCAUGUCUAUACCACAGGACAUAUGCUCUUCCGACAAAGACUCACUGGAGACUCUGGAGAAACAGCUUAUUUGCCCCAUCUGUUUGGAGGUCUUCACCAAACCAGUCGUCAUUCUGCCCUGUCUGCACAACCUUUGCCGCAAGUGUGCCAAUGAGCUGUACCAGCCAUCUCUAUUUCAGGUUGGCGUUGGAGGACACUUUCGCUGCCCUUCCUGUCGACAGGAGAUUGUCCUGGACCGUCACGGAGUUUAUGGACUUCAGCGCAAUUUACUUGUGGAGAACAUCAUUGAUGUUUACAAGCAGGAGUCUGCGAGGGCAGAUCAGGAAAGUGUUAGCUCUAGGCCUCCACCAAAGCCUCCGGCUCAGCUGACCUGUGAUGAACACGAUGAUGAGAAGCUUAAUAUUUACUGCAUCGAGUGUCAGGUGCCCACCUGUUCUCUCUGCAAGGUGUUUGGUGCUCACAAGAACUGCAAAGUAGUUCCUUUAUCUGAUGUCUAUGAGCAACAGAAGACAGAGCUCAGUGAUGAAGUUGCCUCAUUGGUUUCCUCCAAUGAUGACACCCAAGCUUUUAUUAACGAACUGGAAGCAAUCUGCAGGAACAUAGAGGAGAAUAGCAGGAUCCAAAAACAGAUUCUUUGUGAGAAGUUUGAUGGCAUGACUGCUAUUCUGGAGGAACGAUGCAAAAUCAUGACUCAACAGAUUACAUGUGAGGAGGAGGAAAAGACUGGCUGGACCCAAUCUUUAGUGCAGACCUACAGUGGGCAUGUAGACACAAACUCAAAAUUGAUGGAGGCAGCUCGUAUCGCUAUUGAAGACUUAGAGAUGGCUGAUUUUGUGCUGACUUCAAAAGAUCUUAUUGAGAAGGUUUCUAAAGCGACUACUAGCUUUACUUUGGAGACCCUUGAACCUGGAUAUGAGAAGAUGGAUCACUACAAGGUGGAUUUUAGUACAGAGGAGCAAGUGCUCUAUCAACUGGAUUUCAUAAAGGUUGAAGAAGAGGUGGAGGACACAUCUGAUGAGCCAAUAUCAGAACCAGAGCCAGAACCUGUGUAUGAACUUGAACCAAUGCCAACCCCAGAACCUGUGUAUGAAUCUGAACCAAUGCCAACCCCAGAACCUGUGUAUGAAUUUGAACCAAUGCCAACCCCAGAACCUGUGUAUGAACCUGAACCAAUCCCUGAACCAGACCAGGAUCUAAAAUCAGACUCUGAGACGAGAAGCUUCAUGUCAGAGACUAUUGGGAAUUCAUGGGGGCAAGCAAAUGCCUGUGCAGAUGUCAGAAAGGAGCCUGUGUGCGAGAGGAACGGGUUUAGCAUCCAGCAGGCUGUCACCCUCACCCUUUACUUCCUGGGUUUUCUGUUCAUCCUACAGCGAAUGUGGGGAAGCAUUCAGUGCCUAAUUUGUAUAUAGUGGGGUCAAAGAGGCACAGUCACCAGACACAACUGUGAAACGCCGCUCUUGAAGGACUGAGCCCUCCAGGGGUCACCAGCGAGCCAAUGGUUUUCCUUCUGCUGGUUUAAUGCAAGACUGCUCAAAAGCAGGAAUGAUGUCUUGCUAUAAUCCUGACCUGAGAUGUCUCUUCAGUUUGGUUCUUGACAUGAUACCUGUGUUGGAAUAAUGCAUAUAAAUAAAAGUGCAAAUUAUUCUGGAUAUUCACAAUUAAAGAUUUAAAGAAUAUGUUUUUUUUCUCUGUUGUACUGGCAUUAUCAAUUCUCCAGAGCCAUCGGUGCAAGAUGAUAAGAGUGCGAAACACACCGCACCCAUUCUAGAUUUGUGAGCCAUCCCAAUUCUACAUUGACUGGACCUUUUUUUAAGAUAGGGUUUUAUGAGAUAAAUGACAGGGUUUGUAAUGUGUAUUUUCACAGUGUUUUUUUUUUUUAGUUGUUUGUAUGGUUAGUGUAAUUAUAAGAGUUUUUUGCCAAAAUGUGUCAAAUUCUCUUUUUUGCCAACAUUUGAAUUGCAGUUUACUGCCUAAAUAGCCUAUGGUUCAAGAUGUGCAUUCAGUCAAUAAAGACCUUACAGAUAUUAUG